AUGCCGUCGCGGUCGCCGUCCCCGAUGGUGCGCGUCGUCUCGUCGUCCACGGUGAAGCCGCCGCCGCGGCCGAGGGAGCGCAUCCCGCUCACCUCCUGGGACGCCUCCAUGCUCUCCUCCAACUACAUCCAGAAGGGCCUCCUCUUCCACAGGCCCACCUCCUCGGCGUUCAACGCCGCCGACCACCUCGCCGCGGUACUCGGCGACGCGCUCGCCCACUACUACCCCAUCGCCGGCCGCUUCGCCACGGAGCAGCACAGGGAUGACGCCGGGAACGUCGUGGGGUGCUCCGUCCACGUCGACUGCGCCGGCCAGGGCGUGGAGGUCGUGCACGCCGUGGCCGACGGGGUGACCAUGGCGGACGUGCUCCCCCGCGACGCCGACGUGCCGCGCGGCGUGCUGGCGCAGUUCUUCCAGCUCACCGACGCCGUCAACUACGGCGGCCAGGAGCAGCCGCUGUUCGCCGUCCAGGUCACCGACCUCGCCGACGGGGUCUUCGUCGGCUUCGCCUACAACCACGCGCUCUCCGACGGCACCGCCUUCUGGGACUUCGUCAACUACUGGGCCGCCCUCGCGCGCACCAGGCUCGGCCUCGCCGCAGCGCCCCCGGCGCCGAAGCCCUCGUUCGAGCGCUGGUCGCCCGACGGCGGCCCGGCGGGGCCAGCGGUGCUGCCGUGCGCCGACGUGUCCGAGCUCAUCGAGCGGGCGCCCCCGCUGCAGCUGCACGAACGGAUGCUGCACUUCUCGGCCGACUCGCUGGCAGCUCUCAAGGAGCGGGCGCGUGAGGAGCUCCUGGCCGCCGGCGACACGGCGGGCGCGGCCGCACUAACCAAGUUCCAGGCGCUGUCGUCCCUCCUCUGGCGCUGCAUCACCCGCGCGCGGCGGAUGGCGCCGGAGCAGGAGACGACGUGCCGCGCGGCCAUCAACAACCGCGGGCGCCUCCGGCCGCAGCUCCCGCAGGACUACUUCGGCAACACCAUCUACGCCAUCGGCACCGACUCAACGCGCGCCGCGGACCUGCUCGACCGCGGGCACGGCUGGGCGGCGGCGGCCGUGGGGCGGGCCGUGGCGGCGCACACGGACGCGUCCAUCAGGGCGCGCGUGGCGGCGUGGACCGCCAAGCCCAUGGUGUACACGCACCGCUUCUUCGACCCGACAGGCACCAUGAUGGGGAGCUCGCCGCGGUUCGACAUGUACGGCUGCGACUUCGGAUGGGGGAGCCCCGUGGCGGCGCGCAGUGGCAUGGCCAACAAGUUCGACGGCAAGACGUCGUUGUACCCCGGCCACGAGGGCGGCGGUAGCAUCGAUGCCGAGCUCACGUUGUCGCUAGAGAACAUGGCCGCGCUCGAGGAGGACGUGGAGUUCUGGGCCGCCGUGUCCCCGGACACACCCGUGCCGGCGCCGGUGCCGGAGAAGAAGCCCACUUGA